AUGUUCUUCCUCCUUCAUAAUGAAUCAGAAACACGUUCCAGUCACUUCAUCGCAACUGCACACUUUCAACUGCCAGGUCUCAGGUGCGACUCAGAAGGACAUCUACCAAACGGCAGCAAACAUCCCGUUAGCUUCACUUCCAACUUCCAAAACGAUAUGGCGGUCUUCCAUGGACCAUCCACCACGCCUUCAAGCGAGCUGAACUCCUCAGAAUCUGGUAAACUGAAGCGGAGAGUAUCGAACGAAUCAAACAACUGGGAUGGUGAGUCCUCCGGCACAGAGCAAUCGUUUCGUACAGCAUACGCCGAUAUGCCUCCAAAGCCUAGGCAGACACGCUUCAUCGAGCGAUUUGAGAGCGUGAAGCAGCUGACGGAGAGUAACCUCGCUGUGUUACAGGCUGGGUAUACGGGCGCACCACCACAGCCUAGAUCGCCUUUCGACGGCGAGUUGCACCUCAGACCGUCUCCACGCGCAACAGCAUUUCUCGUAAAACGCAAGCCGCUCCCAGAUACAGCGCAAAAGGCACUCAUAGAAAUGAACGACGAGGCAGAUAUACAGUCACAUGCAAAGAGCGCAGACGAAGCUUCCUAUCAAAACCACACACUUGGACAUGCAAGUCACGGCCGCAGACCAUCUUUCCACCGCACAAAUACCGUGUUCACGGAUUUCUUGCCGUACGAUCAAUUGCGAACUUGGCAGCAGGUUGAUAAUGAGGAGUAUCAGGACCGACGUAGGCAUUCUCUCUCAGCUAUUGCGCUGGAGGGGAUGAAAAAGCUCAAUCUAGACCGCGAUGCACUAUCGGCUCAUAGCAAGAAGACUGCGAAUCAAUUGAAGAAAGUGAUCAAACAGCACAUACUUGACAAGGAGAAGUCAACUUCGUAG